AGCGGGGAUUCUGAUGUGAGGAGCAGAAGAGCUGGCAGUGUUGACGACGCAUCCAGACAGAACGGGGUUGCAGAAGGGCACCCGCUGCCAACGCCGCCGCCGCCGCGAUCACACUCCGCUCGACACCAUGACAACCGCGGCAAAAGCACGGCGAGCCCCCGGCCCCGCAGCUACACCAAUCAGGGGGGAGUGAGCGGAGCGCGGCAAGCUGUGUGGGGGGAGAGAAGCGUAGAGCAGGGUAACAGAGCGGACCACUUCAGCACAGAGAGAAGGAUCCAGAGAAAACCUCCUGGAUAAUAAGCUGGGCUGUUGUUUCCCCCCCCCCCUAAGUAAAGAGGAGUAUUGGCAUGGAGACACUGACGCUGAUCUCUGAUCCUGAUUAGGCUUUCCUGCCCCAUGAUGGGUGCCGAGAGCCUUUUCUUGGACCCAAAGUCACUGACCAUGAAUAUUGGAUAAUACACCGAUCGACUGGAACAAGACCGCUCUAAUCACUAUUCCAAAAACAACCUAGAUGUAAUCACAGUGGCGGGUAAAAAACACAAAAGAAAAAGACAAUGUAGAAGAGAAUGUAGAAAAUCUGCAUCAGAUUCCAAUCACCCACGUAGGCCGUGAGCGACGCCAAACGUGUGAGCACAAUGAAUCCCAUGGCCCAGCUGUACUACAAGAAGGCGAGCUACUCGCCGUACCGUGACCGCAUCCCACUCCAGAUAGUGCGGGCGGAGGCAGAGCUCUCGGCGGAGGAGCGGGCGUACCUGACGGCAGUGGAGAAGGGCGACUAUGCCGGGGUGAAGCUAGCCCUGCAGGAGGCCGAGAUCUACUACAACAUCAACGUGAACUGCCUGGACCCGCUCGGGCGCAGUGCGCUGCUCAUUGCCAUCGAAAACGAGAACCUCGAAGUGAUGGAAUUGCUGCUCAACCAUGGCGUGCACGUGGGGGAUGCUCUGCUUUACGCAAUCCGCAAGGAGGUGGUGGGUGCCGUGGAGUUGCUCCUGUCCCACCGCAAGCCCAGCGGAGAGAAGCAGGUGCCCAACCUGAUGAUGGAUACUCAGUUCUCAGAAUUUACUCCAGACAUCACCCCCAUCAUGCUGGCAGCUCACACCAACAACUAUGAGAUCAUCAAGCUGCUGGUCCAGCGCAAAGUGACCCUCCCCCGGCCCCACCAGAUCCGAUGCGACUGCGUGGCAUGCGUGUCCAGCUCAGAGGUGGACAGCCUGCGUCACUCCCGCUCUCGCCUAAACGUCUACAAGACCCUGGCCAGCCCGUCCCUCAUUGCCCUGUCAAGUGAGGACCCCAUCCUAACCGCCUUCCGUCUGGGCUGGGAGCUGAAGGAGCUGAGCAAGGUGGAGAAUGAGUUUCGUCAGGAAUAUGAGGAGUUGUCCCAGCAGUGUAAGCUGUUUGCAAAGGACCUGCUGGACCAGGCCAGGAGCUCAAGAGAACUAGAGACUAUCUUGAACCACCGGGAUGACCUCAGUGAGGAGCUUGACCCACAGGACUGUCGUGACCUGGCCAAACUCAAACUGGCCAUCAAGUACCACCAGAAAGAGUUUGUAUCCCAGCCAAACUGCCAGCAGCUCCUGGCCACUCUGUGGUACGACGGUUUCCCAGGGUGGCGAAGACGCCACUGGGCGGUCAAGCUGGUCACCUGUUUCACCAUCGGCCUGCUCUUUCCCGUCUUCUCGCUGGUCUACCUGCUGGCCCCCAAGAGUGCCCUGGGUCUCUUCAUCAAGAAGCCUUUCAUCAAGUUCAUCUGCCACACAGCCUCCUACCUCACUUUCCUCUUCCUACUCCUACUGGCCUCGCAGCACAUUGUGAGGACAGACCUUCAUGUCCAGGGCCCUCCGCCCACCGUGGUGGAGUGGAUGAUCCUGCCCUGGGUGUUGGGGUUCAUCUGGGCUGAGAUUAAGGAGAUGUGGGAUGGAGGCUUCACUGAAUACGUUCACGACUGGUGGAACCUCAUGGACUUUGCCAUGAACUCUCUGUACUUGGCCACCAUCUCACUCAAAAUAGUUGCUUACUUCAAGUACAAUAGCUCUCGGCCGCGGGACGACUGGGAGAUGUGGCACCCGACGCUGAUUGCAGAGGCCCUGUUCGCCAUCGCCAACAUCUUCAGCUCGCUGCGCCUCAUCUCCCUGUUCACAGCCAACUCCCACCUGGGGCCCCUGCAAAUCUCCCUGGGGCGCAUGCUGCUUGACAUCCUCAAGUUUCUCUUCAUCUACUGCCUGGUACUGCUGGCCUUCGCCAACGGACUCAACCAGCUCUACUUCUACUACGAGACCAAGGCCUCUGAGGAGCCCAACAACUGCAAGGGCAUCCGCUGUGAGAAGCAGAACAACGCCUUCUCCACGCUGUUUGAAACUCUGCAAUCCCUGUUCUGGUCGAUAUUCGGCCUGCUCAACCUGUACGUGACCAACGUGAAGGCUCGCCAUGAGUUUACCGAGUUCGUCGGAGCCACCAUGUUCGGAACUUACAACGUCAUCUCCCUGGUGGUGCUGCUUAACAUGCUCAUCGCCAUGAUGAACAACUCCUACCAGCUCAUCGCUGAUCAUGCGGACAUCGAAUGGAAGUUUGCCCGAACCAAGUUGUGGAUGAGUUAUUUUGACGAGGGGGGAACCCUACCGCCACCGUUCAACAUCAUCCCCAGCCCCAAGUCGGUGUGGUACCUCUGUGUGUGGACCCAUAACCGCGUGUGUGGGAGAGGCCAGGCCAGUCCUGACAACCCGAGGAAACACGAGAACUUAAAAGAGUUCACGGAGCGCCAUGCUGACAAUCUGAUUCAGAACCAGCACUAUCAGGAGGUGAUCAGGAACCUCGUGAAGAGAUAUGUAGCAGCCAUGAUCCGUAGUGCCAAGACGGACGAGGGACUGACAGAGGAGAAUUUCAAAGAGCUGAAGCAAGACAUCUCCAGCUUCCGCUAUGAGGUGUUGGACCUGCUGGGGAACAGGAAGCCCCCGCGGAGGACCUACUCGUCCAGCAGCGAGGCCACCCAGCAGGACGAGGCCAACGAAGAGGGCGAAGCGGGGUCCUCGCAUGCCCAAGGUCAGUCCAGAUCCCGGGGGGCCAAGGGGGUAUCCUUCAGCGUGCCCGCCUCCGAGAGGAAGAGCAAAGACUCUAGCUUCAGCGUCUCAGCCCUGUUCAAGUCCAUGUCGGGGGCCGAGGGGCAGGCUGGCGGCAAACCAAAGAGCAACGGGCUGAGGUUCUCCUCGUCGACGUCUGCCGUGCUCGGCCGCGGCGGUGCCCGGCUGCAGCGCUUCUCCAAGUCCAAGAGAGACUCCAUCAGGCGGCUGGGCAUGCUCUUCUCCCGCAUGAACGGACAUGCCCCGGGGCACAGGGCCCCUCCGCCCAGUGUGCACCAGCCCACCUACAGCAUAUCAGACGGUCUGCUUCACCAGCCCACAGCUUGGCCAGACGUCCAGCCGGCACCCCCUAGUCCCCAGGUCACACGCACCCAGUUCCACCUGGACCAGCUGGGGGUCAAUCUGAACGAGCUGCCCCAGGCUCAGGCCCUUCCACCAGCCAUGGGGUCAAGCCAGGCUAAUGGGAGCGAUAGCCUGCCCCUGCAGCCGGCGGUCCAUUCCCUGGCGCCUCCGGGCGACUCCCAGCCGACCCUGCACUGUGCUUCCAGCAUCACAGCUUCCAGCUCCCGGGCCGUUCUCCUGGACUCCAGCGAGGACGUGUGCCAGGGUUGGGUAGGACCCUGUGAUGAACUGGACUCCUUGGAGUGGGGGGGCGAACAGGAGGACUCCAUCACCACACAGCUUUAGACCCCCUCCCCCUCCCUACCACCAGGAAUAAUGGCAGACAGGUUUGCAAACCACUCUAUGUUCAGGGCACACUGCUGAAAAAGGACCAGAGAGGAUUUCAAAAUCCAGGACUCAUUUUGUUGAAGAUAUCAUAACAGAGUAGGAAAAUUCUAAACAAUGACAAUAAAUUACAAGCUUGCCAUAGAAAUACAUGUUUGAAUACUGCCACCUAACUGUGAUGUUUAAAUCUUUGUUUGCGGCCUGUGAGUUUACCAUUCUGUCUUAAUACCACUUCCAUACAGUUCAGGCCCAGUUAUUUACCGUUUUACUCAUAGAAAUACCACUGAGAUUAAGGAGGAUCAUACACACAGGUGAGCUAUCAAGCAAUCACCAGUGUUUGAACUUCUACAAAUAUGUGUGAUCUCUUGUUUUCAGAUUGUCGAGACUGCAGUGUGGCGUGCCAUAGUCAAAUGUGCCAAAUUUUCACUACAAUGUGUUCUGUCAUACAACCUAAACACAAAGAUUUUUUAUCAUGGUAGACCAGAGGGGUAUUCCAUAAUGUUGGAUUAGUAACCUAUUAGUAACAAAUUAGCUGGCUCUGUUAAACCAGUACCAGAGCAAACUCUCGAUUUUGUUGUCUCUAGAAAGAGAGCCUGAAGUAUGUCCUGAUCAGAAACUGUAGCAGCAAAUGUUCUAAAACAAACCUGCUACCUACUAGGUUAAAUUGAUCUUAUCCUGCCCAAGUGAAUGAAACAUAGAGUUUAUCCACCAAUCAGAUUCUAUUCUGUCACCAUGGCCUUUUCAUUCACAGAAAAUGUCAUUGACACCUGUUUUUUUGCACCCAGCAUAAUAGUGGGAACUAAUUGUUGGAUCUUGAAUUGAAGAAUACAUUUUUUAACAUUCUAAUUUACUCACCCAUAUAUGUCCAAUGUAACUCAAUGCGGAUUAGCUUUGACUAUACAAACUCUGCUUAUUGCUUUGCAUUUUCCAAGGAAUUAAUUUAAGUAACACCACCACUGUCACAAAAGCCACUGCUGUCACCCAUUGUAUAGACAACACAGGAAUGGUGUUUUAUUCAAUUCAUAAAGUGCUUUUCAUGACAACUCUUCUAUUUCUAGUGGAAACCACAUGGGAGCAAAAAUAUAUUGGCAGCAGGUAUAAACUAUGAUAUAUCAUCAUACAAAUUAUCUUGGAGAAAACUUCUACAUGAUUUUUGUAGGGAGUUACAAUGUAUUGUUCCAAACUAUGUUGCGUACAGGUGCAAGUUGUCUUUCUGAAAUAUCCCUCAGGUCUUACCUACAUUUAUUUCAGCCUUGCAUCUUUUUUAAGUUUGUUUUUGGACGAUUACCUAAGAACAGUGUCCUCUGUUUUUCUAUGAAAGUUUUAUUUUUCUAUAGUUUCUUGUAAAUAAGGCAGAACUGUUUUUGGGCUAUUGAGACAGGUAAUGCACGAUAUUUGUAGAGCGAAAUUUAUUUACCCAAAGUUAUAAUGUGUUUACUUUUAAACUCCUUUGCUUGGAUUAAGGAUGCACAAGAUCAUUUUAAUCAAGAUCAUUUUGGCGGAGGACCCCUACAAUGUUUAAUAGUUGUCAAAAAACCAGCUUGUAUACAAAUACACAAUUUAUUUAAUAAUGACAUUGAGAAUGAGGGUUUUAUGUAUUUUAAAGCAUUUGACAAAUUCUUAGAGCUAUGAUUCCAAGACUGGGGAGUUUGACAUGAUGGGCCCAAUUGAGAUCUAAAAAAACUGCACUGAACUGUCCAAAUAUUGUAAACUGGGUUAUUUGUAAUCCGGAAAAAUGCUUUCGAUAGUUGCAGUGUUUGCUACUCAUCUUCGGUAAUGCGCAGUCCCAUCAAUUCAAAAUGAACACGUCAGUAACUGCAUGCAUAUAAAACUGUCCAAGUACCAGUCAGCACUCUUCAUGGUUCUCACCAUGAUUGGAUGGGUGGCAGUGUUAGCUACAGCUGUGUGCUGUCCAGGGUCCUGAAACCUCAUAUUUAAUGACUUUCAUAAAGCAGGGAUUUAUCUAAGUCACGGUUCCUGAUUUUCGCUCCCAGCAUAACCCAGUGCACUUGAUUCUAGUAUUUAACCUGUUGAGAAGCAUAUGAGGUUAGUUGCAAUUGAUGUUGGUGUGAAAAGGCAACCUGGUCUCAGGGGACUACGCAGAAUAUUUUACGUAAAUAUUUGACAGCUGAAUUCGUAAGAUAUAUUAAGUUAGGCAAAGUAACAUUGGAGUAAUAAUUCAGAAAAAAAAAGUUGUGGACCAUGUUUUGAACCAGGGACCUCCCACUCCAACAUUAACGUUGAAAUGUAUUUAUAACAUAUUGUAGCAAACUUGUUAAGGCCAUUACUCGUCCCUUGGUAUCUGUAUACCCUGUGUGGUGUAGUGGGUAGGAUAGCCGCCUUGGGAUCUGAAUGUUGCCGGUUUUAAACAUGGCACAUUCAUUUUGUGCAAAUCCACACCGUUUGUAAAAUAUGAUACAUUUGUCUGACGUUUGUAUCAUAUUAUACGCUUUAAUAGCAUUUGUAAUAUUUUAUACAUUGAAUAGUGUUCGUAAGAUAUGCUACGUUUUAUCCAAUUCGUAUUGCAUUAUACAUUUUGGUAGCGCAUUGUACUGUAACGUAACGUAACAUACGAAAUCGGGUGCCAUGGAUUUACGUAACAUAGUCUACGUACUCCCCUGAGACCACGUUGCAACCAGAGGGUAGUCUCCACCCAUGCAGACUGUGGCCAUUCAAAUUCAAGUACUUUUUCAAGAACUUAACUGUUACUUUCUAAGACCUGAGUUCAUAUGUAACUAUUAUAGUACAGAAGGAACGUUUCUCCCAAAAUAAGCAAAGUGUAAAAUAUCUCAAUAUAAUGCACUUCUACUUGUAGGUGCUACAUGUGAGAUUUCUUACCCAUGUGGAAAAAUAUGAAUUACCAAAACAUUAUGCAUUAUUCAAAACAAAACUCCCUUUCCCUCAUUCCAUAUCGCAUGCUCUGAACUUUAGUUUGACUCGCAGACAGAUAGAACUAUAAAAAUAUAUAUUUAUUGUAGAAGAUUUCACCACCUUUUAAAUGGUUACAUGACUCCCUACACCAUUUAAUGCAGAGGGGCAGUCAAUAGGUGAUAGAACUGACCCUCACAACACUGGUGGGUAAAUACUACUGUGAAAAAACAUAAUUCUAUUAGUAAUCAUUUUGUGCAAUUAAUGUAAAAAAUUAUAAGAAAUCCCACAUAUGCAGAUCCACCCCCGUUAGACAUUUCCUCAUGUUAUUGUUACAACAUGAAAUCAAUUGUUUAAUCUUGUGUUUUGAUUGUGUCUUGCCACCAAAAAAGUCCAUGAUGUCAAAGUGAGAAAUAGAAUUUAUUGAGAAUUAAUUGGAAAUGUAAAAAAUAAAAUUAUUGACUGUGUAAGUAUUAACACCGUUUAGUAUAUAUUUGGUAGUCAACUUUGGCAGCAAUAACAGCCAUUAGGCUAUUUGGAAAUGUAUUGGGCUACUGUAGAACAGUCACAGACAUCCCAAAGCCACUCCAGUCUUGUCUUUGCUGUGUGCUUUGGGUUGUUCUCACGCUGGAAGAUUAAUCUCCACCCCAGUCUUAGGUCCUUUGCAUUCUGGAUGAGAUUUUCUUCAAGGAUCUCUCUGUAUUUUGUUCCAUUCAUCCUUCCCCCAACCCUGACACAUCUCCCGGUCCCUGCUUCUGAGAGGCAUACCCACAGCAUGAUACUGCCACCAACAUGCUUCGCAGUAAGGAUUGUGUUCUCAGGAUGUGGUAUUGGGCCUGUGCCAAACAUAGCACUUAGUAUUGAAGCCAAAAAAACUAUAUUUUACUAACAUCAGACUAUAGAAUUGUUCUUCCACUUGGUCUCUGAGGCUUCCACAUGCCUUCUGGUGAUUUAUUUUUUCCCCACAAUUGCUUUCUUUUUGGCACUCUCUCUUUGUUGGACACAUUUGUGAAGCACCUGGGCUAUUGUUGCAGUAUGCAUAGUGUAUCCCAGCUCAGCUCUGGAAGACUGUAACUCUUUUAGAAUUGCCAUAGGCCUCUUGGUUGCCUCCCUGGCUUAACUGUGCUUUGGGGGACUUUCAAUGCCUGGAAAAUGUUCUUAAUCCUACCCUAAUUUGUGCUUUUGAAGAACCUUAUUCUUUUCUUCAAAUAUUCAUUAGUUUUCAUGAUGUAUAUUUUUCUAGGAAUUGUACUAAACAACUAAUCACGUGACUUUUUAUAGAUAAUUGGUUCUGCCACAGCUCAUUCAGGUGUCAUAGCAAAGCGGAUGAAUACUAAUGUGAUCAAAUAUUUUUUUGAUUUAUAUUUCUAAUUAAUUUAGGACAAUUUAUUGAUUUUUAUGUUGUUUUGACAUUAUGGACUUUUUUUGUGUUGAUCAGUGGCAAAAACUCACGAUUAAGUCAAUUUUGAGUUCAUGUUGUAACAAUAAAAUGUGGAAAUGUUGAAAGGGUGAA